AUGGCGCUGCUGCCCCGGGCGCUGAGCGUGGGCGCGGCCCCGAGCCUGCGGCGGGCGGCGCGCGCGCUCACCUGCGCCAUGGCGAGUCCUGGCGAGCUGCAGUCCCCGGCCACCGCCGCCGCCUCCUUCGACUACCUGGUGAUCGGCGGCGGCUCGGGAGGGCUGGCCAGCGCGCGGCGGGCGGCGGAGCUCGGCGCCAGGGCCGCGGUGGUGGAGAGUCACAAGCUGGGUGGCACUUGCGUGAAUGUGGGAUGUGUCCCCAAAAAGGUGAUGUGGAACACAGCUGUCCACUCAGAAUUCAUGCACGAUCAUACGGAUUAUGGCUUUCAGAGUUGUGAGAGUAAAUUCAAUUGGCAUGUCAUCAAGGAGAAGCGUGAUGCCUACGUGAGCCGCCUGAACACCAUCUACCAAAACAACUUAACCAAGUCCCACAUAGAGAUCAUCCACGGCUAUGCAACAUUUACAGAUGAUCCUCAGCCCACAGUCGAAGUCAAUGGACAAAAGUAUACCGCACCUCAUAUCCUGAUUGCCACAGGUGGCGUGCCCACAGUUCCUCGUGAGAGCCAGAUCCCAGGUGCCAGCCUGGGAAUAACCAGUGACGGGUUUUUUCAGCUGGAAGACCUGCCUAGCCGCAGUGUCAUUGUGGGUGCGGGUUACAUUGCCGUGGAGAUAGCUGGCAUCCUCUCCGCCCUGGGCUCCAGGACAUCUCUUCUGAUAAGACAUGAUAAGGUUCUUAGAAACUUUGAUUCCCUCAUCAGUUCCAACUGCACUGAGGAGCUGGAGAAUGCUGGCGUGGAGGUGCUCAAGUUCUCACAGGUUAAGGAAGUAAAAAAGACACCAUCUGGCUUGGAACUCCAAGUGGUUACUGCGGUUCCUAGUAGGAAACCCACCACGACCGUGAUUCCAGAUGUUGACUGCCUGCUCUGGGCCAUCGGACGGGACCCAAAUUCCAGGGGCCUGAAUCUAAAUAAAGUGGGGAUUCAGACGGAUGAAAAAGGUCAUAUCAUCGUAGACGAAUUCCAGAAUACCAGUGUCAAAGGCAUCUAUGCUGUGGGAGAUGUCUGUGGGAGAGCGCUUCUCACCCCAGUUGCCAUAGCUGCGGGCCGGAAACUGGCCCACAGGCUUUUUGAAUGCAAAGAAGACUCCAAGUUAGACUAUGACAACAUCCCUACCGUGGUCUUCAGCCACCCCCCCAUUGGGACAGUGGGGCUCACUGAAGAUGAAGCCAUUCAUAAAUACGGAAAAGAUAAUGUGAAAAUCUACUCAACUGCCUUUACCCCGAUGUAUCAUGCUGUGACUACAAGGAAGACAAAAUGCGUGAUGAAAAUGGUCUGUGCCAACCAAGAGGAAAAGGUGGUUGGGAUCCACAUGCAGGGAAUUGGGUGUGAUGAAAUGCUCCAGGGCUUCGCUGUGGCGGUGAAAAUGGGGGCCACCAAGGCCGACUUUGACAACACGGUUGCCAUUCACCCUACCUCUUCAGAAGAGCUGGUCACACUCCGCUGAGAGCCCAGGGACUUGUCUGGGUGGCAGAUGGACCAGUAGACCUCUGAGAUGAACCGAUGUAUCAAGUUUACUUCCUGCUCCAGCUUUAUAUAUUUUCUUUAUUUUAAUCAGGAUCUUCUGAUAGUGAAAAAAAAAAAAAAAGAACUUAUUUAUCUAAUC